GGAAGGGAAUUGGAGGGACUGCCAUGGCCGUCCUUGCUCAGUUGUCAGUUUCUGAACGUUUGCACAGAAGCACGCAUGCAUUAAUUCACCAUGUCACAACACAAUCUUCCAAGCAUUACAUUUUCAUAUGAAAAAUUAAAUACACGUUUCCCCCAAUAUUUCCUAUACGAUUCCCUUUUAAAGUUUCAUACAUGCAUAAAAAAUACUAUUCUGUAACUACCUAAUAUACAUAUACACGUAUAUAAAGGGCUUUGUCUCCAUCUAGUGUGCAAAAGUGGAAACGGCAGGAGUCGAUCCAUUUUCUGAACAACCCUCCAUCUCGACCAAUCAUAGCGCUCGUUGUUUCUAGGUCGCCUUCUGUGUCAAGGUGGAUCGACAUUUUGAGAAAACAACACCGGGGGAAGAGAUAAACAACUAUGUCUUCUUUAGGAAGGGCCAUGGGUGUCCUUAGGGCCGGGAUGCAGCUUCUUACACGUGGACCUCAGAAAAUAGUAACCCGAAAAGCUGGUGGUGGACCACACAUAGAGGCCCAGUACAGGCAAUUCCCACAACUCACCAAGAGCCAGACGUUCCAAGCUGAGCUCCUUAGCAGUGCCAUGUGGUUCUGGAUCCUGUGGCACUGCUGGCAUGACCCAGAUGCAGUGAUGGGUCACUUCCCAUGGCCUGAUGCAUCCGCAUGGACAGACGAGGAACUGGGGAUCCCAGCUGACGAUGAGGAAUGAGGUGCCCUCUACCCCACUGACCCCAGACCUUGUGUGUGUGUCCGGUCGCUACCCGAGUACCUGGUGGUCACAACGGUGUCCCGAGAGGCUUUGUUGUACAUAGACCAAGAAAUAAAAUUCAAUUUAUUCUGAAACAUA